CAGAUGAGUCAAAAUUCCCCGACUCGCUCCCCACCGACGAUCCUUGGGCGUAUGAUGUCCUCUGGUUUCAAGAAGAGCCCGAACCUGAUGUGUUCAUCAUUCGAAACAAGCCUGCCACGCUGACUUGCCGAGCAGCAUCUGCACUAAAAGUUUACUUCAAAUGCAACGGAGCCGUCGUUCCCAACAAGCGACAACUUUUUAGAAGCUCGACCCACGAAAAUACUGGAUCUCCAAUGAUGGAAGUCCAGCUCAACAUUACGCGUGAAGAAGUCCAAGAGUUUUUCGGUUCGGAACGAUUUUCCUGUGAAUGUGUCGCCUGGAAUCGGAGAGGACCUAAGCGCAGCCAACCUUCCCACAUUGAGAUUGCUUAUUUGAAGAAGUACUUCGAGCAAGGCCCAUACAGCAAGAGCGUGGAACUUGGAUCACAAACAGAAAUGCGAUGCAUUCCUCCCGAUGGGGUCCCCGUCACAGUGAUAUCCUGGAUCCGAGAUGGACAACAGAUUGAUCCGAAACGCGACCCAAAUUAUAUAAUCACGGCGGAUGGUCAUCUUCUCAUUGCCCAGACGCGUUUAAACGACAUGGGCAACUAUUCCUGUGCAGCGCAAAAUAUUGCAAGCACACGAAUCUCAGAGCCGGCACUUUUGACAGUUUAUGUGAAUGGAGCAUGGGGGACGUGGUCGGCCUGGUCAGAAUGUUCCGGUCCCUGUGGAAAAGGGGUACAGAAACGAAGUCGGGUUUGCAACAAUCCAGCCCCUCUCAACGGAGGUCGUCCCUGCUCUUCAUCUGCCGUUCAGAAGCAAGACUGCCUGCUCCCAUGUCCUCCCGUCGAUGGUCGUUGGUCGGGCUGGUCGACUUGGUCAAGUUGCGGACCAGAAUGCAAACACCACAAGAGACGCACCUGCACAAACCCGUCGCCUUCGAAUGGGGGCAAAUUUUGUGUCGGGAAGGACACAAUGACGACCAACUGUACUGGAGGGCUUUGCAAAGAUUCUGGAAGUGAAUUCAUCUCAAUUGAAACAACUCACUCGAACAGUGACCAAGCUGCACGAGCCGUAGCGGAAACAGACAUUGCACUCUAUAUUGGACUGGGUGUGGCGAUCGUGGUUUUUGGAAUUGUCGCCGUCGUCGUCAUCAGACUUAUGCGGCGGAAAGGGAGAGAUCACGUCAUGUAUGAUAUGGCCCCGAGUGAUUAUCCACCUGGCUACUUUCCUGAUCACUCGAAAAAACUGGGCAUGCAACCCGACCUCACAGCAAAUACGUCCAACGGAUCAACCAACUCUGGGGUGGGAUUACUCUUCCCUGAAUAUACUUAUCCUGCCGGAUCCACCUCCAAUUCUCACAAGGAGACACUUCCGCUCACCCCAGCCGAUCAUCAUCACUACGACGUUCCGCAUCUCCACCUGCAGCCCAACAUUCAUACCGCGUCCCUAAGUCUGAACCACUACCACCCAAAGUCUCCUCUCCUCAUAAAUGGUCUCAACAUGAACAAUAACUGCAACAAUGGAAUUGCAGUUACCGCGUUGACGACGCCAUCCGAGGAAAACACGGUGCGUAUGCAUCAACAAAACGUGGACAAGAAUACGUACUCGGACAAGAACGGUGGGGUUCCACGAUGCGUCUCUUCGGACAGCGUUUCCAGUUCGUUUAGUUCAUCCUCCGGACCUUCUCGUCCCAACUCUUUAUUUUACGACGAAUCCCCCGAAAACAUGGGACGUGGAGCGGGUGUCAACGGAAGCAUCAGCGGCGGAGGAGGAGGUGGAAGCAGUGGGGGUGGUGGUGCCAACCUCUUCAGAGACUCGAUAACUUCGACCAGCCUGCUCCUCGAAACUUGUGAUCCUGACUGUAUUUCAUGGGCACACGCCAACUCGUCCGGAUGUCGAGUGACCGUUAAGGACACUUUGGUCAAUCUCACCAUCCCUGAGGGAAGUCUUGCCAAAACGGAAGAGGUUUUUUGUGCCAUCCUCACCGACGAGAAGGACCGACCCCAUCUCGCUGAUGGGCAAACCCUCUUGAGUCCAGUUAUCUCGUGCGGCCCGAGAAACGUCCAAUUGAAAAAACCUGCCAUCCUGAGCUUUCAACAUUGCGCAGCCCUAAAGAUGUCGAACCAAGGGUGGAUUAUUUCCUUGUAUCAUUACGAGCACGAAACUCUCACCAGUUCCAGUACGUCGUCGUCGGACAAUAAUUAUGGGAAUUGGAAGAAAUUGGCAACCGUCGGCGAAGAGACAAUGGACACUCCGGUAUUCUUGCAAAUGGACAGCAACCAAGUAUACCUAGUGACCGAUCAUUUAUCGAAAUUUGCCUUAAUCGGAGAGUCCACACUGGGCAGAAAGGCGGUCAAGACGCUUCGCCUCGUAGCCUUUUCUCAGGCUCAAGUCAACAAUCCAACCACGACGAAUGAAUACACGAUACGUGUCUACGUAUUGGACGACACCACAGCGGCCCUUGAGCGCGUAAUGUCAAGAGAGAAAGGGCUCGGUGGCAAAGUUUUGGAUAAACCGAGAAGUUUAUUGUUCCAAGACGGCGGUGAAAACCUUUGCAUCUCUCUCGAGGACAUUGGAACUGGAUGGAAAUGCAAAGGAAGUUACCAGGAACUCGAGUUUUGUCGUGUGUGGGGCAACAGACAAUCUGAUCUUCACUGUUCUUUCACCCUGGAGAAGACGGAGCGUCGCGUAAAUGCGAUAUGUUUCCGGUUGGUGGCCUACCAGCAUGUUCAUAACUACUUGAGAAAUGGUCACGUUCAGAAAUUGACAUCGCAGAAAAUCACAUUCCGGAUUCGUACUGAAUUGAGUGGAAAUAAGUCAAGAACAAACCAGUUUUCUGGAGUAGCGACGUCUUCCCCGGAGGUAACGAUGGCCCCGCGCUCAUCCACAGUAACGAGCAGUGGUUGCAGCUCUAUGGUCACUCUCGAACCGAAUAGUCCACUUUCUCGCUUACCACAAACCCUGAAGAAGAAACUAUGUCAUUGUUUAGAUCAGAAUCAUCCGAACGGGAAGGACUGGAGACUUUUGGCGAAAAAGUUGGGUGUCGAUGAAAGAUAUACAAAAUACCUCACAAUGAAGACUUCCAGCCCAACGGAACACAUUUUAGAUUUAUGGGAUGUUAAGAAUCGAAAACCAGAAGCUAUUACAGAUUUGCUAAAUGCUUUAAGAUUAAUGGAGCGUCACGAUGCAGUCGGACUCCUCGAGAAGGAGAUGGGUCCGUGGAUAUAGUUUGAAUUAGUGUUACACAUAUUUAAAUUAUUACGCCGUUGAAUUUGCUGAUCUCUAUACAUUUGAAAAUCAAAGAUAUUAAAAUUAAUUGCCACAUUUGUUUGAGAUCCAAUUAUUAGUCAGUCAGUAUAAUUUUUAGUUUCUUCGUAAAUAAUUUGCCCUGUGCAGAUAUUGUUUUAUUACCAAAGCUAAACUAUUUAUUAACAUCACAGAUAAUUAAUUAGUGCCGUUGCAGCAUUAAAGGAAAGACAGUUUAAAAAUUGUCUAUUAACAGAUACCAAGUGCCAAUAGGUGAUGAUGAUGUGUAGAAAAUUACCGGUUAUUUCACAGAGUCCGACUUUCAGAAAUAUUUAACCCUUCUUCUCUAGUAGCUGCGUAUGUAUGUCUUUAAUUAAAGUGAGCAUGACCACUCAUACUUAUGUAUGCCACACUAAAAAAAUAUUAUUGUACAGCUCAGGGUUUACUAAGGGAAAGAUGAUAAAUUACAUAAUUUAAUUACCAUCAGAGAAAACUUUAUUCAUAAUUUUAGAACGGCAUGUUUGUAAAUUUGUAGAGGAGCGUAAUUCUGUAAAAUUGAACAUGUAAUUAGUAGAUUCGUACGUAAAAAUAAUUCAGAUACGUGACUAUGUAAUUGAUAGCUAAAACUAAUUUAUAACUGAAUUUAACUGUAAUUUGCUACUACACACAUAGUUCGCAGCGUGCUAAUCGUUAUUUAAAUUUACGAUCCGCCAGAAUUGUGACCAGUUGAUCGAAUAUGUAAUGACACAGUUCGAAACUUUCCCAGCCAACUCUUGACGCAUUACAUUUUGUACCAUAUUAAAAUUAAAAAUAAUUAAUGACGAAGAGCAGACUAACCGUACCACUAGUUUUAGCCGGUUUUAAAAUCAAUGUCAAAUGUGGAGUAGGCAUAAUUUAAUAUAUUAUUAUAAGCUUUAAAUUGUACUAAUAAUUUGUCAUCCCCUUAUUAAAGUAGUCCAUAGUACAAAACCAAACCAACUCGGCUAAAACAAUAUUCAUAAACGGUAUCGGUUUAAUUAUGGCGACGAUGACAUCGUAAAUAUUAAUAUAACACUACACAUUAAAUAGUUAUAACUAAUUUAAGCCCUAAAAACGGAGACUAUCAAUUAGAAUCAGCAGAAUAUAAAAUAGCGUAACGAGAAAUGUGUUAGUAGAAUUAAAAAUGUCGUUAAUUUAUUUACGAAAUUAUUUCAUGCACGCAUGACAUGAACAAAGCGUGCUCUCUGGAAUAUUUAUUGUAAUAAUUUAAUUUUGUUUUUGUAGAUCUGAGAAAACUGAGAAAAAUACUGGUUAAAAAUUUAGAAUUAUGUCAAGACCCGGUAUGAUUAAGUCCGUAUUAUACGAUGAUAAAUAAUUACUAAAAAAUAAUCUGAUGACGAUUAAAAGAUUUUUACUACUGAGAAAA